CUCCCUUGCCAUGGGUGUUUUGCUAAACAGAAACUCUGACUUUCUUCUUGGGUUCAACAUUUCAUCUGGAACUCCUACACCACUUGUAGUCAACCAGUCUCUGAAGGACAGUGAACUGGUGCAGCCAUAUUCAGAGGGCACCCAAGCGGAUGACAACUCUCCGGGUCCAGCAGUUUCCUUAGUGCUUCCCAUCAUCUAUGCCUUCAUCUGUGCCUCGGGUGUCCUGGCCAAUGGGCUGGUGAUGUCAGUGGUCCUGGGCUGCAAACAGAAGGUUGCAUCGGACAUCUACAUUCUGAACUUGGCCACGGCUGAUCUGCUGUUCCUGCUUGGCAUGCCUCUCAUCAUCCAUCAGCUGCUUCAGGAGCGAGGCUUAUUUGGAGACUUUCUGUGUUCGGCUGCAACUACCAUUGAUCUCAAUAACCAGGUCACCGGUGUGGCUAUCAUCACUCUUCUCUGCAUAGACAGAUAUGUAGCAGUGGUGUACUCAUCUACCAUUGCCCAGAGACGAACCUUGCGUUGCACAAUGAUGAUCAAUGUUGGCAUAUGGGUUGGAAGCUUGAUUCUGGCUAUUCCCGCUAUGCUGUACACCCGGAUAUUUUGUGACAACAAGACAGAGAUCUGCCUUAUAGACUUGCAUAGCGUAUACUGGUACACCCUCUAUCAAUCCUUAAUAGCAUUCCUCCUGCCUUUGCUGGCCAUUACUGACAGAAUAAUUACGGUGUUGUAUUCUUUGACUCUGCAGCAUCUAUUCCGUGCCAUGCGCCGUGUGCAUUGGAAGGCAUCCGCCCGCAGCCAGAAGGUGACUCGCAUGGCGCUCACAAUCAUUGCAGCCUUCUUCAUUUGCUGGACACCCUAUCAUGUGCUGCAGUUGAUUAAUCUGACAGCCACUCCUUCAGCAACCUUCUUCUACUUGUACCAAGCUACUAUUUGUCUCAGCUUUGCCCUCAGUUGUGUCAGCCCCAUUCUUGUUAUUUUCUGCACUGAGUUUUUCCAGGAGAAGAUGGCCCAGUCCAGGUGGGGAUAAAGAACUGUAGGUGUCCUGGUGGGAGAGCACAGCUCACUAGAGGGUCUCCAGUCAUGAUAGAAUGGCUAAUCUUCCCUCCAGUAAUGAGGGAUUGCAGCUAUAUUCCUCCCCAGAUCAUCCCUUCCUAUGCUGAGAAUUAUAGGUACCAUCAUCCAAUGCAUUUGAAAGGUGUGGGUUGACUGUUCUUUCUAGAAAUUGAUUCAUGUAUUGUGGAAAACUUCCAAAAUAGCAAUAGCACUUAGACGUAUAGUGCUGUACGGUGCUUUCUCUUUAAACAGUUUACAGAGUCAGUAUACUGACCCCAACAAUCUGGGUCCUCAUUUUACUGAACUCAGAAGGAUGGAAAGCUGAGUGAACCUUGAGCCAGUGAGAAUCGAACUGCCAAUCUGCUUGCAGUCAGCAGAAGUAGCCUGCAGUAUUGCAUUCUAAUCACUGCACCACCAUAGCUUGUAGGAGUCUGCAGUCUGCAUAUGUGCAGGAAUUUUUCCUAUCUUGGAUGGCAAACCUCAGAUAGGGAAGGUUACUUGCACGUAGGCGCCAGGAAAUGGCAUUAGAAGAUAAAGACCCUAACUCUGUAAAUAAGAGGAACAGGAGGAGAGGA